AACAUCCAACUCUGAGUGCACGUCAUCAACUUCCAUUCGCCUAGAGCAACCGCCAGUCAGUUCAAGCAUGCGUACCCAGCGAUGAAGAUGGCAGACCGAACGACCAACUCCCCUCAUGGACAGGCGGAACCCAGCAUUUUAUUAUUUGGAUCCCUCGCCCUCUCCUUCGACGACUCUGCGUUAGCGCAGGUUCGUAAAUCCGUGGUAGAUAACGACAACAAUACCUGGCUCGUUGAUGUGGUCAGACAGCUCCCGCAGGACUGCGAAAGAAUAUCGUCGGAACUCCCAUCACUCUACAAUUCUGGAGCUCUAGCUUGCAAACAGCUGGCCGAUCUCCAAGAAGCGUUUCAUACCGGCCGUCCCUUGGACACAACGUUUCCACUACCUAAUGCUCUUCUCAUCCCCCUUGUGGUCAUCGACCAAUUGACUCAGUAUGCUGCCUUUGUUCGUCACUCCAAUAUCGACAGAGAUGGCGGAUUGGACGACUGGCCGACGAGCAAAAACGAGACUGAGACGCUGGGCUUGUGCACCGGGAUCUUGAGCUCGUUUGCCGUGUCGAGUGCGCAUAGCAUGAAUGAGUUUCGAAGAUAUGGCGCAGCCGCUGUACGACUAGGCAUGCUCGUUGGCUUGGUGGUGGACAGCCAGGACGCAGCAUUCGAGGGUGGACGAUCGCGCUCACUGAGUGUAGCCUGGAGUGCGGAGAGAGGAGGUGAAGAAUUAGAAGAGAUUCUGGAAGACUUUGAUGAGGCAUAUGUCUCCGUCUACUACGACGAGAAACGGAGCACCGUGACAACGCCAGCAGCUUCCCUGCUUGAUUUGGUUCGAAGACUCAAAGCCGCAGGACUUGGUGUUACGGAGCUUGGCCUGUAUGGAGCCUUCCACUCAGCACGCAACUCGGCCCUUGUCGAGCAGCUCGUUGCUUUUUGCGAUUCUCACAGCCAAUUCCAGCUUGCGGACGCCACGGCGCUGGAAAUGCCUUCGUGGGUAAACGGCAUUGACGGAAGCCAUGUGAGCCAAGGCGCGCUACACGUGCACGCGCUGCGAAGCAUUCUGGAACAACCUCCUCGGUGGUUUGACACCUUCUCCACUGCGCUCAGAGAAAAGGGCGAAAGCGUGUCGGUCCUUUCCUUCGGACCCGAGCGAAGCGUGCCUCUGUCACUGACGUCCCGGUCGAACAUACAAGUCGUACACGCCGCAGACGCACGUGAUGAUGCCAAUCGAAAGGGCGGCAAAGCAGACAGGCAUUCCGAUCGGCUGUGGAGGGAGAGCGACAUUGCCGUCGUCGGCAUGGCGUGCAAGGUUGCCGGGGCCGACGAUGUCGAAGAGUUCUGGGACUUGCUGGUCGAGGGGCAAUCGCAGCACCGUGAUGUCAGCACCUCGGAGCGUUUCUCCUUUGCCGACACGCCCUUCCGGACGGCGGCGGACAACAAGAUGGACCGCACGUGGUUCGCCAACCUGGUGCGUGGUCAUGAUCAGUUCGACCACCGCUUCUUCAAGAAGAGCGCACGUGAGAGCGCGGCCAUGGACCCGCAGCAACGGCAGAUCCUGCAGGUGGCAUACCAGGCAGCCGCGCAGGGCGGCUACUUUGCGAGAGAGGCGCGAGAGCGUGACGGCAAUGUUGGCUGCUUCGUGGGCGUGUGCCUCGGCGACUACGAGUCCAAUGUCGGGUGCCACGCCGCCAACGCCUUCACGGCCACGGGGAACCUGCAAGGCUUCAUUGCGGGCAAGGUGUCGCACUUCCUGGGUUGGACGGGACCGGCCCUCACAAUCGACACGGCAUGCAGCUCUUCACUAGUCGCUGUCCACCAAGCGUGUCAGUCCAUCCUGUCGGGCGAGUGCAACGCAGCGCUCGCAGGCGGAACACACGUGAUGACCUCGGCGGCGUGGUUCCAGAAUCUGGCGGCAGGCUCGUUCCUGAGCCCAACCGGCCAGUGCAAGCCCUUUGACGCUGCUGCUGACGGCUACUGUCGCGGUGAGGGCGUCGGCGCCGUCUUGCUGAAGAAGAUGAGCCAGGCCGUGGCAGACGGUGACCAGAUCCUGGGCGUCAUCGCUGCGACGGCGGUGCAGCAGAACCAGAACUGCACGCCCAUCUUCGUGCCCAACGUGCCGUCGCUGGCAGACCUCUUCACCACCGUCACCGCCAAGGCCCAUGUCAAGCCCUCGCAGAUCUCUGUCGUCGAGGCUCAUGGCACAGGCACGGCAGUCGGCGACCCGGCCGAGUACGACAGCAUCCGCCAGACGCUCGCCGGGCCGAAGCGUACGCCUGACACGCCGUUGAUGGUGAGCUCGGUGAAGGGGCUCGUGGGGCAUCUCGAGUGCACCUCUGGCAUCGUCAGCCUCGUCAAGACGCUGCUGAUGCUGAACAAGCGCAUGCUGCCGCCCCAGGCUAGCUUCCACGCGCUGAAUCCUGCCCUCAACGCGCAGCCCAGCGACCACAUGUUCAUCCCGCGCCGUCUCCAGCCGUGGGAUGUCGACUUUCGCGUAGCCCUCAUCAACAACUACGGUGCCUCGGGGUCCAAUGCCUCGAUGAUUGUCAUGCAGGCCCCGUCGUUCGCUGCGAAGGAAGCACGACUAGUAGAACACGUGAAGGACUGUCCAUACCCCUUCUGGCUUAGCGGCCUCGAUGCGCACAGCCUCCGUCGUGGCGCAACAGCCUUGCGACGCUUCCUUGCGCGCUCCACCAUCUCUCCCUCUCCCUCUCUUACCAACAUUUCCUUCAAUCUCGCCCACCAGAGUGACCGCGCCCUAGGGCAGAGCUUCCUCUUCACUGCUGCCUCUGUGACCGAGUUGGACCAGCGCUUGGCCACGCUUGAGAAAGGACAUACUUCUCCUUCUGCCACGCCCGAAACUAACCACACAGUCAUCUUGUGCUUUGGCGGUCAAAUCUCCACCUACAUUGGCCUCGACCCUCACAUCUACAACAGCGUCGCUCUGCUCCGUAAACACCUUGACAAUGUUGACACAGCCCUGCAGUCGCUUGGACGCCCCUCCAUUUUCCCCCUCAUCUUCCAACGCACCCCCAUUGCCGAUAUUGUCCGGCUGCAAACAACCCUCUUCGCCAUUCAGUAUGCUUGUGCCCGCGCCUGGAUCGACUCGGGCAUCCGUCCAGCUGUCCUGGUCGGCCAUAGCUUUGGUGAGCUGACGGCCCUCUGUGUUUCCCAAGUCCUUUCUCUACAGGAUACGCUGAGAAUGAUCGUGCGUCGGGCUACCAUCGUACAGGAUGCGUGGGGCUCUGACAAAGGAGCCAUGAUGGCCAUCGAAGCCGAUCGCAAUGACGUCGAGCAACUGCUCCUCGAUGCCAACAGUCGGCAUCCGGACAAGCCUGCCAGUAUCGCUUGCUACAAUGGGCCAAGGAGCUUCACCCUCGCUGGUUCCACCAGUGCCAUCGACGCCGUCGACGCCCGGCUCCGUGAGUUGCCCACUAAGACUGCGAAAAGCAAGAGGUUGAAUGUGACGAAUGCUUUCCACUCUGCCCUCGUAGAUCCGCUUCUUGAUCGUCUUGAGCAAGGUGUUCAAGGAUUGACUUUCCGCAAGCCAGUCAUACCUCUUGAGCGGGCUGUAGAACCUACAUCAUCCCAGACCAACUUGUCGGCGAGGUCAGUAGCAGACCACAUGCGCAAUCCUGUCUACUUCCACCAUGCUCUAGAGCGCAUAGCUAGGCGGCAUGCCUCAUCUCCUUGCGUUUUCCUCGAGGCUGGCACAAAUUCCACAAUCACGGCCAUGGCUUCCCGUGCCCUCGGAAAUUCAAGUGUCAAAGGCACGAGCACGUUCCAUGGCCUCAACAUGGCCAACUGUGACGAUGGCUGGAACAAGCUAACCGACACCACCAUGUCUCUCUGGAAAGCCGACAUAAACGUGCAGCAUUGGGCGCACCAUGGGCUGCAGAGGCGCCACCAAGCGGACAUCGAGCCGUUACUCCUGCCACCCUACCAGUUUGACCCGAACGCACGACACUGGAUGGAGCUGAAGACCUUGCCCAAGGCACUACCAACAUCGACAGAUGAAGCGGCCAAGAACUUGAUUGAGGCGGACAAGCAACCUGAGGAGCUCUUGACUUUCUUUGGCUUCUUGGAUGGAUCAACCCAGAAGCAGGCACGAUUCCAGAUCAACACGGCGACUGAAAAAUACAAGAAUCUCUUGUCAGGGCACUUCACCAUCCAGACGGCGCCUAUAUGUCCUGCAACCAUGCAAAUAUCCUUCGUGAUCGAAGCUAUUGGUAGUAUUCAACCUCAACUCCGGCCCGAGCAUGAGCCACAAAUACAGGAUGUUCAGUACCAGUCACCAGUUUGUGCAAACUCCUCGCGCACAACGUGGAUCGAGGUCAACAAUGACGUAGCAGGAGGGCUCGAGUGGCGGUUCGAGGUCUUCAGUACUGAGAACCAGAGUAAGUCCCGAAUGGUACAUACAACAGGUAAAAUCAUCUUCAGCCAUGCCAGUGAUGCAUCAGUGAAGCGCCAGCUGGUGCAUUUUGAACGUUUAUUCGGCCAUCAUCGUGCGGUAGAUCUUCUGCAGAGCGCUGAAGUCGACGAGGUACUCGCCAACCGUAACAUUUACCGCAUCUUUUCUGAGAUUGUUGACUACGGUGACGAGUACCGCGGUUUGCAAAAGAUGGUUGCUCACGGAAAUCAAUCGGCUGGUCAUGUCAUUCGGAAGAAUUUGGACUCUGAUCAAACACCUCGGUUUGAUGCUUACCUUGCUGAUACCUUCUGCCAGCUGGGUGGCCUCUGGGUCAAUUGCAUGACAGAUCGGUCUCCCAAUGACGUGUAUCUUGCCAAUGGCAUCGACCAAUGGAUCCGGUCACCUCGCACAGCGGUCCAACCACCGAAAGAGUUCCAUGUCUUCGCGACGCAUCACCGUCCGUCCGAUAAAUUGUCUUUGACGGAUGUCUUCGUCUUCGAUGCUACGGAUGGUGCCUUGGUCGAGGUCAUCCUUGGCAUUGCCUACGUCAAAAUUUCCAAGCCAUCCAUGCAGAAGAUGCUCACGCGUCUGACUGGGCCGGAGUGGCUGGCCAAGGUACCGACUGAGUCGACGAUGCUUGAGCCUAUCAGUGCGCCUAAAUCAUCUAGUAGGCUGGAGAAAGUCAAUCUACCUUCAGCCGCACUUCAGGUCCCAACACUACCGCCACCACCAGCCAACUCAGUUGUAGAGCCCAAAAUGCCCAACUCAAACGACCGGUCGCUUCAAGACGACCUGACAAUGAGAGUGAAGGCCGUGAUUGCGGAUCUGUCAGGCCUGGAAGUCACCGAGAUCGGGGAUGACAGCGAUCUGGCAGACUUGGGCAUUGAUUCACUAGCCGGCAUGGAGAUGGUGCAUGAGAUCGAAACCGCCCUGCAUGUCACACUCCCGGCGAACGAAAUCCUCACCGUCGUCAACAUGCGCGAUCUAAUGAAAGUCGUGGCUGGAGCGCUAGGCGUAGACAUGGAUGCAAACGAGGAUGACUCUGACAACUACAUUCCCAGUACCACAACUUCCUUAGAUGGAGCCGGGGCCACUACCAAUACGACGACCCCAUCACCAGAGUCGGACGUAGAAAAAGAUGAACUUGAAGCUUCCGAAUCGAGUGGUCUCAAACUCUCUCAUACAAUCGUUAUGGAGGCCUUCAAUGAGACAAAGAAAUUGACGGACGAAUGCAUCGCCGAUGUGGGGCAAGCACAUUAUGUGUCUGAAGUGCUGCCGCUGCAGAACGAGUUGGCGGUGCUGCUGACGUUCGAAGCCUUCGAAGCACUUGGAGCUGGAUUCCACCAUGCGCGAUUGGGCGAGCGACUCCCACGCAUACCAUAUGGCAAAGAGCACGACCACUUUGUGAACUACCUAUACGAUAUGCUCGAGACCGAAACGCAGAUCAUCAAGCUGGAUGGAGACGCCAUUACCCGGACAGCAAUGCCCCUCCCUCAGCGGAGCAGCGCGGAAGUGUACGAGGAACUGCUUCGACGCUUCCCAGACCAGCACUCAGCGGACAAACUGACGUAUCACGCGGGCGUCAACCUGAGACAGGUGCUCUCGGGCGAGACAACCGGCGUGAAGCUCAUCUUUGGUAGCAGUGAAGGACGGGAGCUCGUUAGUGCCUUUUACGGCGAGUGGCCGUUGAAUCAAGUGCUGUACACGCAAAUGGAAGACUUUUUCACGCGGCUCACAGCGAAACUUCGAGCCAGCCAAGACGUCAUAAGCGACAGCAAACCGCUCCGUAUCUUGGAGAUGGGGGCUGGCACCGGUGGCACAACACGGCGCAUCGUGCCGUUGCUAGCCCAACUACAGGUCCCAAUCGAAUACACCUUCACCGACCUGGCGCCAUCUUUUGUGGCGGCGGCGCGCAAGAAAUGGGGCAAGCUGUACCCGUGGAUGAGGUUCCGGGCUCACGACAUCGAAAAAGCGCCAGAAGACGAUUUGGUAGGCACUCAACACUUUGUUCUUGCGAGCAACGCGAUCCACGCGACGCAUUCUCUUUGUGAGAGCACGAGGAACGUGCGCAAAUUCCUGCGUCCUGACGGCUUCCUUCUCAUGGGCGAGAUGACACGCACGCCCUAUUGGGUCGAUAUCAUCUUUGGGCUUUUUGAGGGCUGGUGGAUGUUCGAUGACGGUCGGACGCACGCCUUGACCCAUGAGUCGAGGUGGGAGACUGAUCUGCAGGCUGUGGACUAUGGUCGCGUGGACUGGACUGAGGGCGCGAGGCCGGAGAGCGAGAUUGAGAAGUUGAUACUGGCUGCUGCUGCUAGCUCGACAAAAUUAGCAGGGCCCGGGAGCGUACACCCAGUGCAGAACGCAACCCCAGUAAGCUACCGGCUCAAGAAGAGCAACUCGAUCGAUUGCGCGAAGCGUGAAGAGCUAGUCGCGAAAUACGUCCGUGACUUGACGCAGGGCUUUGGAGAGAACCUCCAGCCACACUGGCCUUCUACCAACAGCAAAUCUCCCUACAACCCCCAAGCCAAAUGGAUUCUGAUAACAGGUGCCACGGGUGGUCUAGGCGCGCACUUGGUCGCCGAAGCGGCGAUGCGGCCAGACGUCGAGCGCGUCGUGUGUCUCAACCGUCGAAGCAAGCAGGAUCCGCUCGAACGGCAGAACCAAGCCCUACGCAAGAAGGGCGUCGAGCUGGCCCCCGAAGCCCUGGCAAAGUUACUUGUCUACGAAACCGAUCUCUCCCAGCCCACCAAUCUCGGUCUAUCCGACGAGCAAUACGCCUCGCUCGUUGAGAACGUAACGCACAUCGUCCACAACGCGUGGCUCAUGCACUCGAAAUGGACAGUCAAGCGUUUCGAACCCCAGCUCCGCAUCAUGGCGCACAUGCUCUCCCUCGCGCAGGCCAUCUCCCUCCACCGCCCACGCAGCGACCUAGUAACCUUCCUAUUCAUCUCCUCCAUCGCAACCGUCGGCGCACACCCCCUCCUAACCAACUCCCCCGUCGUCCCCGAACAGCGCGUCCCCAUCGCCAGCGUACUCCCCACCGGCUACGGCGACGCAAAGUAUAUCUGCGAGCGCAUGCUCGACGCCACAUUGCACCAGCACACCGACCGCUUCCGCGCAGCCACCAUCCGCCUCGGCCAGAUCGCCGGCAGCGCCACAAACGCGCACUGGAACCCCAUGGAGCACGUGCCCUUUAUGAUAAAGUCGUCGCAGACGCUGCGCGCCCUACCCGAUCUCCCAGGCUCACUGGGCUGGACGCCCGCCGACGCCAUCGCCCGCUCGCUGCUCGACAUCUGCGCACAACCCCACGCCGUGGCCCUACACCCCAUCUACCACAUCGACAACCCCGUGCGCCAACCCUGGGCAGAUGUGAUCGCCGUGCUGGCCGACGCACUGCAUAUCCCGCAAGACACUACGGGGAUCAUCCCGCUGCACGAGUGGCUGCGCCGUGUGCGCGAGUGGCCGCGCGCAGAGGACAACGCGCCCGAUGGGGCGAAUCCGGCGCAUUUGCUCGUUGACUUUUUGGAGGAUAAUUUCGUGCGGAUGAGCUGUGGUGGGCUUUUGAUGGGCACGGCGAAGGCUAGGGCGCAUUCGGAGACGCUGGCUGGUGUUGGGCCGGUGGGGGAGGGACUGGUUAGGGCGUUUGUUGCGGGGUGGAGGGAGGGCGGGUUUUUGGCUUAG